AAUCCGAAUGUUGGCAGCCUGGAUCUUGUUUUCAGAAUUAUUGCCCACGUGUUUCAGGCAGGAACACACUGCGCAUGCGUCAGAGAGGUCUCUUCUUCCGUUAAACGAACCAACCAAACUUCCGAUUAAAGGAAGAGAAGUAGCUGCCUGCUUUCGUGAGGUGUUGUUCUGUACUCUCCUUCGGCUUCUGUUAUGAAGGUCACCCGGCAGAAGCAUGCCAAGAAGAACAUGGGCUUCUACAAGCACAAUUUUGGUUUCCGGGAACCUUUCCAGGUGCUGCUGGACGGCACCUUCUGCCAGGCUGCGCUGCGCAACAAGAUCCAGAUACGCGAGCAGUUGCCGGGUUACCUGGCCGGAGCCACGACACUCUGCACGACGCGAUGUGUGUUAAAAGAAUUGGAAUGCUUGGGGAAACAGUUGUAUGGUGCAAAACUAAUUGCACAGAGAUUUCAACUUCGCAACUGCUCUCAUUUAAAAAAUCCAGUGAGUGGUUCAGACUGCCUAUUGUCCAUGGUUGAGGAUGGUAAUCCACAUCAUUAUUUUAUAGCUACACAGGACCAGCACCUGGCCACAAAAAUAAAGAAAAGGCCUGGAAUCCCUCUGCUAUUUAUAAUUCAGAAUACAAUGGUUCUGGACAAGCCUUCUGCCAAAUCUUUGGAUUCAGUACAAGCAAUGCACAUAAACCAGCUUAUUCCGGAGCACCACAAACAGACCAUUACAUUUCUGAAAGAGAAAAAAGGUCUUGUGAAAACUUCAGAACCCAAAAGAAGAAAGCGGAAAAGGGCUGCUGGGCCAAAUCCUCUCAGCUGUCUGAAGAAAAAGAGAAAAUCUGAAGAAUCCCAACAGUCUUCCACAUCGAAGAAAAAGGGAAAACGGAAGCGCAGUAAAAGGAAAUCAGACACUAUGACUGUAGCUGUCCAAGAUAUGAAAGCCUAACAUUAUUCUGAAUAGUUGAUGUGCAUUUCUAUUUUGCAGAUUUUGGAUAUGUAGUUAAUUCUGUUUGAAAAAUAAAUCAUACUUUGUUUUCUAAAAAAAUAAUAGUUUUCAUGCUGGUGCCAUAAGUGGAAAGAACUCUUCACAAUGUUUAUGGCAUCUCAUUUCAAAGAAAUUGUGUACAUCUUUUAAAAUGGCAGUUGAA